AGUGGGUGUGGUAAGCUAUGCUAUAAAGGAAAGUAUGACUGGAGUCUCAUCAACCAUUACAAUGCGCGCAUCUGAAAAAGAGUUUGUCAUGCAGAACUCAGCCAGUCAAUGUUAUGUUCUCUUUGCUUGGCUUGUCUUAUUUAGUUCCAGUCUACGAGUAUCAAGGGCUGUUCAGGAUUAUACAGGAACAAAUCAAACUCUACAGCUUGAGGCUCUUAAAACCAGUAUGCUGGAAUACUUGGGGAUGGAUAAACCACCACCGUUUAAAGGAAAGUCAUCUUAUCAAGAACUAAUCAGAAUAUACCGUCAAUAUCAGAACAUGAGAAGGAACAUGCAGUCUUUUCAAAGUGGCCCCAGUCACUUUCUUCAUACCGCAGUGCGGCCAUUGAAUUCACAGAAUGGUCCUGAAUCAGUGACUCAAUGGUUCAGGGCUGUUUUUCACAGGGAGUCUCAUAUAACAGACGAGUUUCUCUUGGCACAAGCACAGCUGCAACUUCAAAGACCUCUGCAUAACAAUUUUGUCCAACCACUGCACAAUCAGAAAAUUCUGGUUAGAAUAUACAUAAGCUCCCAUUCUUAUAUAAAUAAAAAAAUUAAAUCAAGAGGCCAGAAUAUUACAAUGGAUGUGACCUUUGCAGUUCACGAAUGGCUUAAGAAGACUAGUGAUGCAUUACUAAUUGUUGACAUUGGCCUUGUUGGAAACAAAAAAGAUGACACUGAACCCACUGUGCAGAUCUGUUUGGAACUUAAGUUAAUGGAUAGUAAAGUGAGAAACACUCGUUCCACUUAUGGAGAAAGCUUUGAGGAUGACAGCUACUGUGGUCGGAAAUCACUGAGUGUUUCUUUUGAGGAAAUUGGCUGGUCAGACUGGAUUGUGGCUCCUGCUGGCUACACAAUGUAUUUCUGUGAUGGCUCAUGCCCACACAAUUACAAACCAGCCAGUAUGCACACUCAGAUAAAGUCACGUCUACAUCGCUUAACCAAAGGAGCGACGCCUCGCCCAUGUUGCGUGCCAGCUGAGUAUGAGCCGAUGAUUCUCAUGCAUUAUGAUAGUCGGGGGAAGCUAAAACUAACAUCCUUUAAUGAUUUGAUUGUCACCAAAUGCCACUGUGCCUGAAAACUUUUUGUUUUUUACAAUACUAUUCAAUUUCAAAAAUAUUGUGCAACAAUGCUGUACAUGGACAUGGUUAUGUUGUUCACGGUUAUGCAACAUUUCUCUGAUGGGACUCCUCUUCUUUGAAGAAGAAACUACACCUGGAUACUCAGUAUUAAAACAAAGGAAAGCCUUAGUCUCACAUGUAGAGUUAAAAUUAUUUAUUAUAACUUAUUAAUGACAUUUUGUAUUCUUGUCUUUUCUUAUGUUAUAGAUGAGUAAACUAUUUGUAUAAGUGACACAUUUAGUAUUUUGAAUACAGUAUCUUGUAUUAGUUUGUUAAAUGUAAUUAAUUUAUUUCUGCUUGCUGUGUUUACUGUAUUUACUAUGUGAAAUAUUUUCAUUUUCCUGUACAUACUUUUUUUUUAACCAUUCUAAUGCCAAUGUGUAUAAUAGCAGUCUUGCGUAAGUGAAUUCAGCUGAUUUUAAAGUAAACAAUCUGUUAUGAUAAUUUUCAAGGUCAGGGAGUGCCAGUAAUCAAAGAUAUGACAGAAUCUUUUACAGUACAAUAACCUUGAGCAUAUAUAUUUCUAUCCCACAUGGCCUUGACUAACUAGUGAACCAACCAAAGUAAAGACAGAGAAAGAAACGUCUCUGUCGGUGAUGUCAUCAGAGCUAUAUGUUUAAAUGAACAAAGAAUGUGAAAAGAUCAGUGAAACUCAAGUAUUGAGAGUAGGCGUUUUAAAGAGACAAUUGCUUCAAGUGUCUUAUUAGAGGCAGCUUUGGCCGUUUUUUUUUGUUGUUGUUUGACCUCACAACAUCAGAUACUGCUACUGUCCCCAUAUACAUACCAAACAAUAAAGAAAAUACCAAAAACCCUACUUAUUUUUAACUGUUCAGUAUGUAAUUUACUACAGCUCAUAAAUUUUGACAGUGUUCUCACUAGGUGCUAAGGAUCACUAUGCAGUUAUUUUCCAAAUACAGGCAUCAAUUAGCUCAUGUACUUAGUAGCAAAAGCAAUACAUUCCUUCAGACACAUUCAGAUUUUCUGACGUCACAUGAGUUGAAGUUCAAGUGUCUCAAAGGAAGAUUUAAUGAAAGAAAUUAAAGGACACAAGAGUUGUUUUGUGUUUAAGAGGGUUAAUUCCUAAAACAACAUUUUCCAGAAACCACUGUUAAAAUCCCCUAAGAUUAACAGUUAAUGGAAAGUCAUUCAUCAUCUUAUCCCAACAUGAUUACACCUUUGAAAUCGUACACUAUGAUGCAAGUUAGUAUAAAAGAAUAAAAUGUCAUCACAUGUGCUAUUAGUGUAGAAUGUUAACAUGUGCUAGUGGUAAACAAAUAACACGAUGAUUCACACUUUUACAACUGUAAAAUAAUCUCAGGUUUCUGUUCUUUUUAUUUGUUCAUUUUCUGGUAAAUCUUCUCAGUCCCUGCAAUACCAAAACUGAUCCUUAUAGCAUUAUGCUUCCACCACCAUACUACAUUAUAGGGUUGAUAAUUCAUAUGCCUUUUUUUUUUUUAGAAGUGACUUGCAUCUUGACAUUUGUUUUUUUUUUUUAAAUGAUAGAUAUUGCUGUUAUUCAGUACUCUUGUCCAGAUCUGAAUUGUGACCUAUCUUAGGUCCAUUGGAUUUGCUUUGUGCUAUGGCAUGCAUUGUCAA